CUCCAAUAGAACGUCUAGACCGUAAUUGGAAAGCGUGAUAAUGCAAAGUGUCAUUAUCAAUUGCAUUAACGUCGACACAUUGCACUGACUGAUAAAAAUAUCAUAAUCAAGCAAAGCGAUUAAUCCAGGACAUUUAGAUACUGCAAGCUUCUCGUCAACAUGGUGGAGGAAGCUGGGUGCGGCGAAUUGCAGCAGUUGGUUCAAGAGGAGGAAUGCGAAGAGCCGCUCGGCCACGGCGGGGAGGCUACGCCUCCGUCGACACCAGCGAGAUCUCAACGUCCAAGCAAAGUUGAAGUGCAUAAUUCCAAUGUAUCGCAACAAGUAUUAUGGGAAAAUAACGCGCAAACGUCGCCGAUUAUUAGUAAAGGAAGCUCUGGCCAAGGAACGAGUCAAGGUUCCAUGGUAUCCAGUCGAGCUGCCAAUGCUUCGAGUUAUACUGGAAAUCAAUCUCGAUUGACAUAUCUCAAUGAGAAGGAGAAGCAAAGGCCGAAUCGGCCGGAUCCACCGAGAAUUGUAAGACAGCACAAAGCCGUGGUGCCAUGCAAACACCAUUGCUUUCUGUCAGAGGUUCCCGAUGUUCGCCAUAUGGAGCAAGCUUUGCUGCAAUUGCUAGAAGACUUUCACAGCGGCAAUUUACGAGCAUUUGGAAAAGACUGCAGUAUGGAACAGAUGACGGAAAUACGGGAGCAGCAAGAACGUUUGGCCAGACUGCACUUUGAGCUGGGCCAACGACAGGAAGUGGGUAGCGAGCAGUCAGGUCUUCGGCAAUCAAGCGCGAAUAUGCGACAUCUGCUUCACCGUCUUCAACAGUUAAGUGUCUGCAUAGAAAAGUUGCAUAGCAAAUGAUUACAUUAUGUUUAUUAUUACAUAUACUGUUAUAAAUUCUUGUAAUGAUAUUCGGAGGGAUGUAUACCAUUAUAUUGUCAUAUACAAUUUUUAUAAAAAAUACAUGGGUAAAUAUAUAUAUAUAUAUAUAUAUAUAUAAUAUAUAGUAUAAAUAUAAUCUGUAUAUAAUAUAAAGUAUUUUAUGUUGAUCAGCCAGAAGAAAAAGUUGUAAUCUUAGGUAUAUGAUUGUUGUAUGAACGUAUCAUGCAUACAUGAAAAGAAAAUGUGAAUAAUGAAAAAGUAAGGGUUAUUAUUGAGAAGAUAUAUUACAAAUUUGAAACUUUUUUACAUA